GAACAUGCGCUGCUCGGCUCCUGUUUCCGAGGGGGCAGCAUUAGGAGGUGGCAGACAGCAGACGUCUGCGUUUGAAGAUCCUGCUUAACGAUGUGCGGUUCGGCAGUUGAUCAGAGCGUGUCAGAGUGUGGCUUGUUUUUCUCGGUUUUUUUUUAACGGUUUCAUCUCGAUAUGAAAUUACUCUUUCUGGCUUGUCUGACGCCAAGAAGUGGCAAUUAUACGACGGCAGCUAGACUCAGGGAAUACAUUGAAGCUGCAGGCCACAUUUGUUGUCUUAGAGAUGUUGCUGACUUUAAAACGCCUGAGGAAGUGACACACCUUAUUUUAGAGGAGGAGUUUGAUGGUUGCCUUGCUAUACACCUCUAUAAGGGAGGAAGGUUGCUUCUCGGCACCUCCGCUCCCUUUGGUGUUGUGCUUGGAGGGACUGACAUCAAUGAAGAUGUUAAAUAUGAAGUAAAACGGGAAGUCAUGGGGAAGGUGAUUCAGAAAGCAAGGUUUGCUGUGGCAUUUUCCAGUGAAUUAAAAGAAGCAGCAGCCGCAUUUUGGCCCCUCCACAGGAAUAAAAUAUAUGUUCAGGCUCAAGGAAUCGAAGCUAAAGUCUGCCCAUCCUUCAAGAUGUCAGAAUUCCUGCAGAGCACAGGCCUGACGUGUAAUCAUUUUGAAGACUUGCAUAUUUUUCUCCUGGUAUGUGGCAUGCGAAGAGUGAAAGAUCCUCUGUAUCUUGUAAAGGUCUUUUCAGAGUGGCAUUUGGAAGAUCCAUCUGUCUAUUUAAUUAUUAUAGGUCCAGAGAUUGAUCCUGCGUUUACAGAAGAGGUCACAUCAAGUGUUAAAAGAGCAAAUGGGGUUCUGCUGGCAUCGGAGAGACCCCAAGGGGAGCUGCAAGCUGCUAUGAAGACAUCAUUUGCCUUGGUGAAUAGCUCCAUCUCAGAGGGCAUGUCUGCAGCAGUCCUCGAGGCUAUGAACUUAAAUGUGCCAGUCCUAGCCAGAAAUAUCCCAGGCAAUGCAAGCAUAGUAAAACACGAAGAAACGGGACUCCUCUUCUCAAGCCCACAGGAGUUCAUUCAGCUCUCAAAGAAACUGAUGCAAGAUGCUUCACUGCGGCAGCGACUAGUUGUGAAUGCCAAGGCUUAUGUGACUGAGCGGCACUCAACAGACAACGAGCGCUCGACCUACCAGCAGCUCAUCCACUUACUAAAGUGACUGGACGGCGGACCACAGGCCGUAACUGCCAUGGACAGAGGUCACCUGGUGUCAUUUUGGUUUAUGUCGGCAUUUCCCCCUAAAACUGUUGCUCCUUUGUUGCCUUUUCAAUCCUCCGCUCACUGAAGCACAGGGCUGGCACUGGGUAUUGGUUUGUUUUCUCUGUGGCUUUAGUUUAUAUAUUAUCAGCAAAAUGUGACACAAAGGUACAAAAUAAGGAAAAAAUAUGCACACAUUUUUAAGUUAUUUAUAAAGAACAGAUUGUCUUUUAAACCAUUAAUACUUUAAAUAGAAAUGAAAAUAUUUGUAAAUAUUACAUGGGGUUGUUGCUUGUACAAUUGUAAGUGACUGCGAAAGCAAUCCACUUCAUUUCAAUAAUGUAAUUGUGAGCAAAAAAGAAUCAUACCUGGGAAACAAUUUCGAUAAAAGCAAAAACUUGGUAUCACAAAUGUUUUAAGAUAUGAAAUGUGAAAAGAGGUAUUUAAAUAUGCACAGUCAUUCUUACCAUUUUUAUAACGGUUUCUAAGUAGUACCUGUUAAAAUGCACUUUAUUGUACUGUAAAAUGAAUAUUUUUGUAUUCAGGUUUUCAGAGUGAACAAAUUGAAACUUAAAGCGAACACAUCAGCCAGUUACCACGUCGUAGGCGUCCAGUGGACAGAAUCAUUCCUGAUGAGCCGAGCGGUGACCUCAACUUUGAGGCUGUCGCUUCAUCGGCCAUGCUGCUUGCUUUUGAGACGACUGGUUCAGGGGUUUUGUUUUUCACUUUGAGUCACAUGAUUGGACACUGGUGUAACUCAGCUAUUAAAGUACUAUUUAGAAGUCAAGAUGAUCUUUUUGUAUCCCUGAACGUGAAGCACGUCUCGUCAACGCCGAUUCAGAGUUGUCCUUUCUUGGAGGUGUUCAGCUGGUAGCCCACCGAUGCUGGUCUGCACUCAGAGAAGGAGAGGCAAACACCCAAAAUGAGGGUGACUUGUGCUAAUUCAGAGUUUUCUCUUCAGCCUCCUUCCAAACAUUUUAUUAAACCAGAUAGUUUGAUGAUUGAAAUGAAACAUAAAAAUGAUGCGUGAUAAAAAGGUACAUCAACAUUAAGAAACUAAGUUGGAACAAAAACUGGUGACCACUACGGCCCUCCAGGACUAACUUUGCAGACCCCUGCACGAGACUGAUUGUUUAAUCUGGAACUGUCAUGCUGAGAAAAGAAAAGCAGAACUUGGAGCGCAAUAAGUAGACGUUAAUGCCUACUCACUGCUCAUUGCUGCGCUGCGCAACAAAAUCUGUUAAGAAAAAGCAUCCAUGCCAAUGCCCUGUGCACAAAAUGUACUAAAGAACUGGUAAGUAAAAUGUAAUUGGGGGUCACGGCGUGAAAAUGUCUAUGACAAAAUCUUUGGUGUUUAAUAAAGUGGGAUGUCAUUGGUGCUGUCA